AUGGACACAAAACACAGCAAGAAAGGGUUGGAUGGUUAUUCAUUUCAUUCUCAGUCUCCCCGCGCUAAUACCGCCAGCAGCACCAAGCAGACAGAGUUUCUUAGACUAACUCCGCGCGCCUUGGAUGAGUCUCUACACCAGGCCCGGUUGUACUGGCAUUCUUUAGCCCACACUGCCGUCGCAAAAUACGAGGGUGGGAUAGCCCCACAAGCGCUCGGGAAUCACCUCCACGAUCGGCAAGCAUCGCUGUCAACUUUCUCAUCCAACGGAAUAUUGUACCUGAGAGCUCAAGCCACCUGGGAAGUUGAAGUGGGUGGAGAUUGUGGAGUGGGUGGGCAGCAAAAGACGCGGGCUGCUUCGCUGCCAAUUGGCGUGCAACGCCCCACGCCUCUGCGUUUUGGGAAUGUUGCCUUCUCCGGGGAUCGACAUGACAUUGACAAACCAGGCGUCCAGCGCAACAUCAUUACCGUGCUUGUCCUCGCGUGGCUGUACAUCUUCUCCGCCGAGCUGGUUGAGAGGAUGCAGGGAGAGUCUACGCUGGUUUACACAGACUCACGAGCGGAGGUAACCUCCUUGGACGAUACUGACAAUGCGAUAGACGUUGGCGACGUUGAGGAGAAUGCUGCAAGAUGGUGGGCUGCUGUUCUCUCCCAGGGUCCUGGUUGGCGAGCCACUAUCAUGCAAAUUGGCGGUGAUCGGUUUAUAUCGCCGUGGUCGACGGCUGGUGAUGGUGAUCCGCCUGUCGCGUUCCCGAAGCUCAAGGUCAGCCAGCCGCAAGCAACGAGGUCGUCGGUUGUCUCGCCAUCUUCCAGACAGGCGUUAGGCUUUCUCAUCGACUUUUGCGAGCACCAUGGCAUCUUCGGCCAGCUUUUCGCAGCACUAGCGACCGCCAUCACAUUGCCCACGCACAAUUGCUAUGGCGUGCCGGCUACAUUGCCCGACAUUCACGCACGAACUCACAUAAGAGUGCCGGUAGCCCGGACACCGACCGCGGACGAGUUAUACAAAGACAUCCCAUAUUACAUGGCCUUGAGCUGCAACUUCCAUGUAGUGAUCUCCAGCAUGUGUGGAGUCUUCUGGGAGCCCAACGUCCCCUGCAACAAGGUCAGUCCCUGGCUACACCCUGUUCUCAAUGAGCUGCCCGCAGCGCUUGCUUGCAAAUCCUCACCGGGGUAUAUCGAGGUACUCUCAGCUAUGUGCGCUCUGCGUCGUCCUCGACUUGGGCCACUCUGGCUAGGAGCAGCCUUGAGUGGACUCGUCCCCUUCGCACUGGAUCUUGUCCGAAGUGGCACCCCCCCUCUCGAUCCCAGCGCUUCGGCGUGGACUGGCUGCCCACAGUCAUUUCUGGAUCUGUCUGGUACGGGACCAUACUCAAUUUCGUCGUGCUCGGACGGUGAAAUCACCCGCCCCGAUGCCUGGCGCCUGCUCUACCUCCCCUCUGCGGUCGAGGAUGACCUGCACUACGACAGCCCCCCCUUCAGCCCCUGGGAGCCCGCGGGAACAACCACCUUCGCGAACUCGGCCAUCAGGGUCCGAGUUCAUCGUCACUGCCCCCGACACCGACUUGUGUACCGCUGCCCAGCACCCGACAGUGGUUUAGAUGACGGAGGGCCGGACGCUCGAUGUUUUCCCGGGCGGGAUGUCUCGCCGCUGGAACCCCGUACCAAGAUGGAGAUCCCUUUUCGGCCGCUUGUGGACCAGGAUGCGUCUAUGUCGGCAUCUAGCGAAGUCUUCGGCUGGGUGAUGCGCAACUGUGAAGGCCUGCCGCCUGAAAGCAUCUUCCGAGACAAGUGGCUGCAGGAGGCAGAAGAGGAUGAUGAGAGCGACUCGUUCCACUCCGCCAAUUACCCUGACUCUAGUGAUGCUGACUGCUGCAAUAAUUAUGGCAACAAUAACGCCGUUGAGGAUACGCGAGUCGGGCGGAAUGUUCAGGAUUGGCUAGCCGCAGCGGAGUAGGGCCCUCUUGCCGGGUGCUGAUACUGGCGCGUUUCUUACCAGAAGACCUCAUGUCCACUGAAACAAAUAUUAAUUGAAUACGUCAAGAGUAAAGAUGAGAUCCUUGUAGCUCUGAAUGGCAGUAACGUUGUUUAUACUCUGUGACUGCCAUCCGCGCAUCCCGCGAGCCCGAGCAUCCGA